AUGCAGACUACAGCCUGUAAUAGAUCAGAGGAUUCCUCAACCAUCUUCUAUCUUACGGGUAUCCCCUCUCUGCCGAAAUCACUCUUCCUUUCUACCUUCUUUGUCUUUUUCCUCCUCUACCUGCUCAUCCUUGCAGGUAACACCCUGAUCCUGGUGGCUGUGGUGGCAGAGCCCAGACUCCACAAGCCCAUGUACUUCUUUCUCACCAACCUCUCUGCCCUGGACAUCCUCUUUACCACAACCACUGUCCCCAAGAUGCUGUCCCUGUUCCUGCUUGGGGACCACUUCCUCAGCUUCCCGGCCUGCUUCCUGCAGAUGUAUCUCUUUCAAAGCUUCACAUGCUCAGAAGCCUUCAUCCUGGUGGUCAUGGCCUAUGACCGCUAUGUGGCCAUCUGUCAUCCACUGCAGUACCCUGUGCACAUGACCCCACAGACCAAUGUGGCACUGGCAGCCAGUGCCUGGCUCACUGCCCUCCUCCUACCCAUACCACCAGUGGUGCAGACAUCCCACAUGGCGUUUGAUAGCACUGUUCGCAUCUACCACUGCUUCUGUGACCACUUGGCUGUGGUGCAGGCCUCCUGCUCUGACAGCACACCCCAGACCCUCAUGGGCUUCUGCAUCGCCAUGGUGGUGUCUUUCCUGCCUCUUCUCCUGGUGCUUCUCUCCUAUGCCUACAUCUUGGCCUCAGUGCUUCGCAUCAACUCCCGAGAAGGACGUUCAAAAGCCUUCUCCACCUGUAGCUCCCACCUCCUGGUGGUUGGUACCUACUACUCCUCCAUUGCCAUGGCCUACGUGGCCUACAGGGCUGAGCUGCCCCUGGACGUCCACAUCAUGGGCAAUGUGGUGUAUGCUAUCCUCACGCCUGUCCUCAACCCUCUCAUCUACACGCUGAGGAACAAGGAUGUCAAAGCAGCCAUCACUAAAAUGGCAUGUCUCUGGGGCCAAAAGAAUGCUGGGAAACCCUGA